CUGAAAAAAAAAAAAAAACAUGGGGAGAGCCCCUUCCAAAUUCAAGCAAAAAAAUUUAGAAAUGCACAAAAAUCCCCAAAUCUAAUUCCUGAAUGGAAACCCUAACCCUAACUCUCACCCUAAUCCCCCUCUUCAGAUCCCUCGCUUUCUCCCGAUUCCGGAUCCUCCGUUUCUCCCUCUUCUUCACCGGCGGCUAAACCCCCUUAUGCUACCCCUUUAAUUCAAGUUUUAUUGCUUUUCCUUUUAUUUCUGUUUGUUUUUAUAGAUGUAGAUGGGAAAUCUGUUAAUUGUACGGAAAAUAAAGAAAUAGGGAUAGAGGUAGAGAGAGAAAGGGUGUUUAGAGAGAAAGAGAUGGAGAGUGGGGCAGGAUCAGAUGGAGGAGUCGGGUCAAUCGUGUGGGUACGCAGGAGGAACGGUUCGUGGUGGCCGGGGAAGAUACUGGGGCCGGAAGAGUUACCGGUGUCUCACCUUACGUCUCCAAGGUCUGGAACUCCAGUCAAACUUCUUGGCAGAGAGGAUGCCAGCGUCGAUUGGUACAACUUAGAAAAGUCUAAGCGUGUGAAAGCAUUUCGAUGUGGGGAGUUUGAUGAUUGCAUUGAAAGGGCAGAAUCCUCACAAGGUAUGCCACCCAAGAAAAGAGAGAAAUAUGCUCGACGGGAAGAUGCUAUCCUUCACGCACUUGAACUUGAGAAGGAAUUGUUGAGGAAACAAGGAAAGUUGGAUAGACCUUCUGAUGCAAGAAGUAAAUCAUCUGGUUCUGCUAAAAAGGAUUCUGGUGGCUCAGAUAUUAGUAACGGAAAGCCUGGGAACUCAAAAUCAAAUCAAUCCAGGAGUCAAGAUACUUCCAUCAAGGGUGAAACAGUGAGCAGCCCUGUACACUUGCAAAAAGACCAAGUCAGAAAUCAGCAAAGUUGGGAAAAUGAUCAUGCUGAAAUCAUACCCCGGAUGAGAGGAUUGCAGGACUUGGGGCCCAAGACUGCAUUUGCAAAACAAAAGCUUACAUCUUUUGGUGCUUUGGAAGUUGAUGAUACUCUAUCUCCUCCAAGAAGGGUUUCCAGCAUGGGAAGAACCACUCACAUUAAUGGAGGAGAGCCGAUGGGAGGUGUUUUCCGAGCUAAGAGGAGCAGAUGCAUUUACUUGCCACCUGGGUCAUUUGAUGCUUUGGAUUAUAAAGAAAUUCCUCCAAACCAGAUAGAGGUGUCACCUUCCCGUUUUCUGGAAUGUGAUUCAGGAUCUUUUCCUUUUCCUAGUCACUUGAUUGAAGAUAAUACUGGUGAGUUCUUGGAAGAUGUUGAAUCUGGUUCUUCUGAAUCAACUUCCUCAGAAUCUGAGUCAGAUUCUGAUUCAUCUGAGACUGAACCAGAUAUAGAUGAGGAUAUCACUUCACACUCAGGUGCUACUGUACGCAUGGAUGCUCGAUUAGGUGCCUUUCAAAGACCUGACACACUAGGAGGUGGAAGUAUAGGCCAUGCGGAGUCUGAUGAGUCAUCUCUUUCUGGUGAGAUGUCUCACUUUUAUUCUCAUGAUCAUCAUUCUGUGAAUGAAGCAGUGUCCAAAUGGCAGCUAAAAGGGAAAAGGAACAUACGGAAUCUGGGAAAAAGAUCCAUGGAUGCAGCUGAGAUAAGAGGUUAUGAUGGAUCUGCUCAUGGGAUGUAUCAUGAAGAAAGGGGAAUCUUCAGAAGAAGGAAAUUAGGUCAGAGUUCUCAUAGAAAUCAUGAUGACUUUGAUGAUGAUUUUGGUGUGGCUGGUUUGAGUGCAAAAGAUUUUGGGGCCCACAUGGUUGGUUUUGAUGAUAGAGGAUAUUUGCAUACACCAAGGGGUUCCUCCAGAAGUAGAAAUAGUUUUAAUCGUAACACCCUUGAUUGGGAAGGCAUGCCUUGGGAGAACCAUGCUGCUGUGAAAAGAGAGUGGGAGGACAAAGUGUGGCACUUUGAUCCAAUAUUUGCUGCCCAUCGUAAUUUGGGUGGGAAGAGAAGAUCUAUGUUGAUUGACGUGGAUUUGAAGGUCCAAGCAAGCUAUCAGAAAGAACCUGUCCCUUUUGUUUCAUUGAUGAGCAAAUUGGAUAGCAAGGCAAUAAUAGGGUAUCCCAUUCCAAUUGAAGCCCUAGAAGACAGUUCAACUGAUACUCUUCUGCCCACUAAUGGUUAUUUCAGUAAUGGACUAAUUAGCCAUGAUGGAAGUACUUCACUUUCCCCAGCAUGGAGGACUGCCAAGAGGACAAAUUUUAGGGUCCCACGUCCUCACCCACCAUUUGCUUUGGGUAGUUAUGAAGCUGCUGAAUAUCAUUCCUUGGAACAUGAAGGAAAACCACCUUUUAAGAAAUACAUUGUAGGAAGUUCCGAUUAUAAGGCAGGCCUGGUUAAAAAGAGCAUCUCUCAUGUUCUGCACUCUCCUAUCGACAGGAAGUUCCAAAGAAAGUUACCAAAGAAAGUAAGCUUAUCUUCUAGCCAGAAAACAAGAACUCUGUCAUCAAUUGGUAUAGAACGUAAUCUCAGUUCUAAGCCCAUACAUGAUAGUGGUAACUGUCAAAUGGAUGGAUUAAUCAAACAUGAGUCAUCUGGGCCCACAACAGUGGCUUGCAUACCUGUCAAACUAGUAUUCAGUAGGUUACUUGAAAAGAUCAAUAGGCCACCAUCAAAAGCAGCUAGUAAAAUGAUUCUCUCCACUAGUGAUGCAGUAAGAGAUCCAUCAUAGAUUACAAUGUACAUUGAUACAACGAAACAUUAAAUAUUGUAAGCAAAAUAAGCAUUUGCUAAUUUCCUCUUUUUGACAAAAAUGCAUUCCCACCUACACCACAUUUUCAGCAUUGUCAAGGUGAGGUGCCUUCUUUCCAAUAAUUUGAUUAACCAGGUUAUGUAUGAUGAAUAUACAAGAUGAAUAUAUCUGAUGAAUAUAUUGGCAUAGAAACGAAGUUCUAUAUGAUGACU